GUCAUGUGAUUUGUUGUCAGGACAUCAUAGCUGACGGAGCUAAUGUUUUGAUUCUUCUUCUUGUAUGUUUUGACAUGAUAUUAUAUUAUUUUCAGAAUGUAUGCUGCCGCGACGGAAAGUUUAAUAAAGCAGGCAAGAGAAAUAAAGGAGGAAGAGCUGCAGAGGUUUUGCGGACGCAUAUUUAAGCUCCUCCACGCCAAAGACGUUAGUGGAGACACGGUGGACUCCCUCCAGAGACUCAACCUGAUCGUUUCUGCCACUAAAUAUGCAAGAGAGCUCCCGUCAGAUCUGGUGAUGAAGCUGCAGACGGUUCUUCGUUCUUCAUCAUGUCCCGAGCAGCUUCAGGUUCUGUCCUCCUCCAUCAUACGGGAGAGCUUUCCUCCCAGCGUGCACAGCCUCUGCUCUGAUCUCAGUCAGGACAGCAGGACCCUCAGCUAUGUGGCCAGUGUUGUUCUGGCUCAGGCUGGGAAUAAAGAAGAUGUGAUGCCCCUUUGCCACCAUUUGCUGAAAACUCUCGAGUCUCGGCUGUCAGACGGGCAGAUAUCCAGACAUGCACUUCCCAUUCUAUCAAAAAUGAUUACUGUUUAUCCAGAGAUUCUCACAGAUGAUCAGGUGAAUCUGGUCAGUCGUAAGUUGGUGGAUUGGUUGCGUUAUGCCAGUAUGCAGCAGGGGGCCUCCAUGUCUUCUGGGGGAUUUUUUAGUGGACCGAGAACACGUCAGCCUGCUCCACUGACGGAGGUGGAUGGGGUGGUAACGGGCGACUUCUUCACUGUGCUGUGUGUGGGUCAGAGCUACACUGAGGACCAGUGGAUGAAUAUGUACACUUUCUCUAUGAUCAAAAAUUGGCUGCUCACUUAUGACACAGACGGGACUACAAACACAGAAUCAGCUCUACUAAAAAAAGUACAGAUCAUUCAGUCACAGCACCAAGAUGAUCGCUCAGAGGUGGACAGUUCAGUGAUGUCUAUGGUGUCGGCCACAUCCUCUUCCAGCAGACUCCUUCCUCCCAAAGAGAGACUCAGAGAGAAGGCUUUUGAGUACUGCCAGCGUCUCAUUGAACAAAGUGACCGGAAAGCCGUAAAGAAGACAGAUACAGAGCUACAGAAAGCAUGUAUUGUUGAGUCUGUGUCAAUAAUGGACAUCAUCUGUGGUGAGGACCCCUCUUACGUGUACCGUGCCUUCCCCUGCAUCAAAGCCCUGUAUGGCAGACUGACUGGAGACCUCGCCUAUGCUCGAGCCCUGCUGCCUAUCGCUCAGUUCUACCUCAACCACAGCGAGACAGCUGCGGUAGACUCAGAGGCUGUGUUCUGCCAACUCUUCAGCCACUGUCCCGCCGAGCAGUUCAACGAACCCAUGCUCGCCUUCGAGUUUGUCCAGUUCUGUCUUCUCAAUGCUAGCGUGCUACAGGACAGAGUGACCAACUACAGACAGAGCUUCCCAAACAUCCUGAAGUUCUUGGCGUGGAACAGCUCAGGAUUGAUUGCAGAGUAUGUGGAGCUGCUCCCAUCACUGAUAGCUCCAGAUACAGCCAUUGAGUUACUGCACACAAUCCUUGAUCUGCCCUGCUUAGCAGCAGCCCUGGACCUCCAACAGAGAUCAGCAUGCUAUCAGGCUUCGGACCGUACCACGUGGGACCAGCAGGGGGCGAAGGUGGCUGUUUGUCUGGAUGCUUUCCGCCAGCCGUCCUAUAGGGGGCUCUUCCUCUACAUCCUCAGACCUGAGGCUGGAACAGGAGACACAAUAGACAGGCUAAAAAUGCUUCAUGAGAUUCUGGCUGACAUGGCAGAGAGUCCACGGGUCGUUCGGUGCGCUCAGGUCGUUCCUGUGCUUCUGCAUGUGUACUUUAAUACAGUAACUCAGAAAGCUGAUGAGAAAAUGAUGAACCAGCUGUUGCUAGUGCUGCUGGAGAGAAGUAGUCUACUCUACAACAUCAAGACAUUUAAUGCUGAGGUCCAAAAGGUGUUCAGCACCCACCUGCAGGCCCUGUGCAAACUCCACCCACCAUUGAUUGUGGAUCAGUACAGGGAGAUCCUGGAAUUCACGAGCUCCCCUGCCAACAUUUACAGUAAAGAAGACUUCUACACGCAUAUGGUGUGGGUCAUUGGCGAGUAUCUCUCAGUGUCUUACGAUCCUCGCUGCACGGUGGAACUGAUCACAUCUAAUUUUGAAAGUUUGGAGGCGGUGCUGUUUGAGAUCACACAGGUGCGACAAUCAGCCAGUCCUCCGAGCUUCUCCCCCCGCCUUGUUACGGUGCUUAUGACCACCCUGGCUAAACUGGCCACACGCAGUCAGGAUCUUAUUCCAAGAGUGUCGCUUUGCCUGUCUAAGAUGCGGACGUUUGCCCGAAGCGGUCCCGUAAUGGCGUGCUACAGCGAGGAGGACACUGAGGAGAUCAUCACACGAGCCCAUGAACUUAUUAACUUGCUCAAGUUACCAAAUGUGGCUCAGUUUGUUCUAGCCCCUUCAGCCGGAGGCGACGGCCCCCGCUGGCACCGAGACACCAACGCCUCACUUCCUCAGGGCAUGAGAGCAGUCAGCGGGCUCCUCCAUAGACAUUCCAGCUUCCUGCCCACGUAAGCCGAUUCUAGGAAACGGUUUUCGAAAUAUCUGUGCAGAAUACCAAGAGAGAGUUUCUGAAGGACACAAAGAGGGAGUGAAAGCGAAUGAGGAGAGACACUGGAACAAAACAGGCAAGCACUGCACUUCAUCAGGACUUUCACUUCUGCUAAUCACUUCACAAAUUUAUAUAAGGACACAAGGAAAUUAUGGUUCAUAUUCCUUGAUUUAUUGAAAUGUUUGUUAAAGACACAUUUCUUGAAAUUAAACAUUCUAUGUGUCUAGGUUUGAUGAUUAGUGUCAAAACUGUUAAAAUA